AUGAAAUGGAGCGAAACGCCGGUUGGCCCUGAUGGUCCUUGGAAUAGUCUCAACGUUUCGUGGGAUGCCAAUCCAUCGCAAGUGUUUGCAAUGCUUCCUUCUCUGACAAAGAACUCUUUGAUCGUUGCAGCGGACGCCUGUUCGCGACAAGAUUCGGCAUGCCCCAAUCAAGUACAAUCUGGAGACUGGCCGAUGUGGACAUCAUCCGCAGCACACGCGGCUUUCCUCUACAUGGAUGGUCCGUUGUUCGAUAGCAAAUCUUGGGAUGAGACUGUCUCUGCACCUCUCAAUGUCUCGGGAGACGUGCAAUGGGCACAUGAGAGAGCCAUCGUUUGGAGCACUAACAACGACUCGAAUUCUCUGAACGACCAAGCAAUCACUUUGACGCACAACCUGACUUCAAAUUAUCCUGGUGGCCAAGCAUAUACCAUGAACGCUGGCUUCUUCUCCUUGAACGGUGCCGGAAACAACAUGACAUGGCUGAAUACCACUGGAGUCAAUAAUACCCAAGGCCUUCAAUUAGCCACCGCAAAGUCGAACUCGCUGAUUAAAUCCCUUUCCUACGGGCUCCAGGUCGGUUCUCCGAGUCUCAACGUUGAUCCGAGCUUGGUGUUGGGUGGCUACGACAGAUCACUCUGCCUAACAAAGCCUGUCACAACUCAAAACAGCACAUUCCACUUGACCAAUGUUUCCAUCGGCUCUGAGGGUUCUGUGUGGCCAUUCCCAGUCAGUUUCGGAGAUGAACGAGCGGAUGGUAUGAGCUUCUCAAGCAAUGGGCUGAUGGUGAACACUGCUGGGAUUCAGGUCCUGCCCAACCCCGGUGUACCUUAUAUGUAUCUACCACAAGCUAUUUGCGACGCAAUCGCGAGGUAUCUCCCGGUGGCUUACAGCGAUGCCUUGGGCCUAUAUCUAUGGAAUACCGACAACGACACUCAGCUACACGAGGAGAUCACCACAAGUUACGCUUAUUUGACGUUCACACUGCGCGACGAGCCAUCUCAAACAGAGCAAGACAUCAACGUGCCUUUUGCUCUUCUCGAUCUAGAGCUCAAUUCGCCUUUGACUUCCUCGAAGACGCGAUACUUCCCAUGCAGGCCGUUUGUUCCUCAGGCAGGUCAGCCUUACCAUCUCGGUCGUGCUUUCCUGCAAGCAGCGCUCCUAGUGCAGAACUGGGAGACAAACACGACAUGGCUGUCUCAAGCACCAGGCCCAAACAUGACAAUCCCAUCAAGACCUGUCAUCAUUGAAGAGGAUGAUACCACAAUUGCCGAAAUGCCGAAUGCACCUGUGUGGCUUACGACUUGGAACGGGACGCUCAGAGAACUGAAUCAAUCGCAGACCGGCCAGUCAAGCGGUGUCGAUGGCUCCCAAGGCUAUUCUUCUUCCGAAGACUCUUCCCUCUCGGGCGGAGCAAUCGCCGGAAUCUCCAUCGGCGCAGUAGCCGGUCUCGCCCUCAUCGCCGCAGCGAUAUUCUUCUACAUCCGCCGCCGCCGUUCAAAGGCCGGAUAUGGCGAUGUUGCACUCAUCUCUUUUGACGAAGAAGACAAUGCUCGGCACCAGAAAUCAGACUAUGAGCCCAAACCGGCUGUUGAGCCAAUGUCUUCACCCAUUUACGAAGUCGAAAGUACGCACACUGAUAAGAUUGGUGAAUUGCCUUCGGAUGAUCAGAAGAAAUAUCAUCUUGGAGAAUUGUCUUCGGAUGUGAAGAAGCAAGAUCCGACGGAAGUUGAUGGCACGGGUAUUGCUGAGCUGCCUGGUCAUGAUGUGCAUAGAUGA